UCUCAUUUUACUGACUGCGAAGGUGAACAUAGUGAAAACACGCGUCUUCCGAAGCGCCACCUUGCUCAUUUCCUGUGCUCCUUUCGGAAUGGCUGAAACGCAACGUUUGUGCUGAGAAAACGUGACUACAGAGAACAUCGUGUGGCGAUCGUGAUCAAGAGAACGAGUGUUAUACAUUAUAUUGCACUGCAUAUUGACGUACAUUAAGGCUGUCGCGCAACGGUAUGCAGCUGUCGAAGUAAAUCGACCGCAGUAACACGGAUACAGAAUUUUCGCAGUAACAAGGGUAUCCGGGUACCGGCACAUAUCAAUAUACGUGAGUGCGAAGGAUUGGUUAUUGAAAAAAUGGCGGCGGAAAUGCUAAGCAAGAAUCGAAUGAUGGUUUUUAAGAACAAAGGCAAAGAUCAAGAUGAGAUGAGAAGAAGAAGAAAUGAGGUAACAGUAGAGUUACGUAAAAGUAAACGUGAUGAAACAUUACAAAAACGAAGAAAUGUGCCUACUACAGGUUUAACAGAUGAAGAAGAUACUGAUAAACAUGAUAUAUCAAAAAUCAAUUUAGCAGAUCUAGUAGAGAAUGCUUCUAGUAAUGAUCCAAGUGUUCAAUUACAAGCUGUUCAAGCAGCAAGAAAGUUAUUAUCUUCAGAUCGUAAUCCACCAAUUGAUUUGUUAAUUGAGAGUAAAAUUUUACCAGCUUUAGUUAAGUGUCUUGAACAGCAUAAUAGUCCAUCACUGCAAUUUGAAGCUGCAUGGGCUUUAACAAACAUUGCAAGUGGUACAACACAUCAGACGCAGGCUGUUGUAAAAGCUGGUGCAGUUCCACAUUUGUUGCAUUUGUUACAUUCAACUCAACAAACAGUUUGUGAACAAGCUGUAUGGGCUUUAGGAAAUAUUAUCGGAGAUGGUGCAGCAUCUAGGGAUCAUGUUAUCAAGCUGGGUGUUAUACCACCACUGUUAACAUUUAUUAACCCGGAUAUACCAAUUACUUUUUUACGUAAUGUAACUUGGGUAAUCGUAAAUUUAUGUAGAAGCAAAGAACCACCACCACCUCCUUCAACUAUUAGAGAAAUUUUGCCUGCUCUUAAUGUACUUAUUCAUCACACAGAUAUUAAUAUUCUUGUCGACACAAUUUGGGCUCUCAGUUAUUUGACUGAUGGUGGUAAUGAACAAAUUCAAUUGGUUAUAGAUAGUGGUGUAGUGCCUCGUCUCAUACCACUUCUCUCGCACAAAGAAGUUAAAGUGCAAACAGCAGCUUUAAGAGCAGUUGGUAAUAUUGUAACAGGUACAGACGAACAAACGCAAACUGUAUUAAAUUGCGAUGUACUUUCGUAUUUCCCCAAUUUGUUAUCUCAUACGAGGGAAAAAAUUUGUAAAGAAGCAGUUUGGUUCCUUUCAAAUGUAACUGCUGGUAAUCAAUCUCAAGUUCAAGCAGUUAUAGAUGCUGGAUUACUGCCUCUCAUUAUUCACAAUUUAGCAAAUGGUGAAUUUCAAACACAAAAAGAAGCAGCAUGGGCAAUCAGCAAUUUAACAAUAAGUGGUAAUGAUGAACAAGUUGCACGGGUGAUACAGGAAGGCGUUGUUGGGCCCUUCUGUAAUCUCCUUGACUCUAAAGAUAAUCAAGUUGUACAGGUUGUUUUAGAUGGUAUACACAAUAUGCUCAAACUUGCUGGAUCACGACUUGAACAAUUGGCCAAUAUGAUUGAAGAAUGUUCAGGUUUGGAUAAAAUCGAAGCACUGCAAAAUCACGAUAACGGGGAUAUUUAUAAAAUAGCGUAUGAUAUUAUUGAGCAAUACUUUUCCGAAGAGACAAGUGAUACACAUUUGGAGCCACGAGUUGUGGAAACAACAUUUGAAUUUGAUCAGACGACGAGCAUUUCGAACGAAGAUUUUAAAUUCUGAGAGGGCCUCCAUUAUUUCUUAUCUGAUCGUGCCGUCCCCCGACAAGCUUCAUUACGGAGCUAUUCUGCUUACCCUUUUAUAUUCUGUCUCAUUCUUGUUCCAACGACAACAUGUGACAAUUUCAAUAUGUUAUUGCUAAAUCAAGAAUUAUGUUUGGUUUUGCUCAUUCAAAAGCGUAAUUACGACUGGCCGAUGUUUUACUCAAAGAAGGAGAAAUUAGAACAAAAUGAGGAUAAAGCUAUAUUAGGAGCAAAAGAGUUUCUUAUUGAAAUAAGAAUUUGUGUUCUCUUCUUUUCUUUUCUUUUGGAUUCUUUUAACGAUGUGUAUGUUACCUUGUUUCCUUUUCCGAUUACACAUAUUAAAAUCAUUGGUGGAGCGGUACCUAAUCGAUUGCAACUAGUGACGUGCAUUAUACCGACUAAAUUAUUCUAGUAAAU